UGCAGACUACACCCACUAUAUAGUUAAGCCUCAAAAGUUUGGUGAAGAGAUUAAAGUCUCUGGAAAAACCACUUAUAUAUAUAUAUAUAUGGAAGAAAAAUCUGUUAUCACCAUCUCUCAGUAGUAGUAACCAACCAUCAUAAAAGGGUUAGAAAAAUGGAAGAAAAAUCUUCGUUAAAAAAUUUGCUGAAAGAAGAAGAAAGACCAGGGAACGGAACCGAUCACAACACUAUGGGAUCCAGUGUUCUCUCCUUGAGCCUGAAUAACUCUGGACAGCCCUUGAACCAAAUGGGCAUGCUGAGAAUCAAACUUGAAGAAGCUAAGAAAGAGAAUGAAAUCUUGAAGGCGAUGCUAACUCAGGUUAAUGAACACUGCACUGUUCUUCAGAAUCGAAUACUUUUUGAGAUGCAGCAACAUCAACUCUCUUCAUCAAAUAAAAACAAUAAUCAUCAGUCGCAGGGAAAAAUACAAGGUUUGGAGAAACCAGUGCUACACACUCGGCAGUUUUUGAAUAUUGGUGAUUGUUCUUCAGUUUCAGAGGGUUACACAGAAAACGUUGAAAAGAAAAUAUUCGGUGAAGGUGAAAUGAACACAAAAAUAGCAUUGCAUGAAGCAAAAUGCAUAGAAGAUCAAGCAUCUGAGGUUACUUGCAGAAGAGCUAAAGUAUCCAUAAGAGCACGAUCAGAUUUUUCUUUGAUGGGAGAUGGGUGUCAAUGGAGAAAGUAUGGACAAAAGACCGCCAAAGGCAAUCCUUGUCCCAGAGCCUACUACCGUUGUAGCAUGGGCACUGCAUGUCCAGUUCGUAAACAGGUGCAGAGAUGUUUCAAGGACGAGACUGUUCUGAUCACUACCUACGAAGGGAGCCACAACCACCCACUCCCAGUAGCAGCCAGAUCUUUCGCAAGCUCAACAUCAGCAGCAUUGAACAUGUUCCUUUCUGGUUCACUCACAAGUUCAGGUGGCAGCACCACUCUACCAAACUCACCCCUCUUCUCUUCAUCACUGUCUUCUAUUUCCCCAACUGCAGUAGCCACCUUCUCCCACAGUGCAACAUGUCCCACAGUAACACUGGAUCUGACUCACCCCAACAACAACACCAAUAACUAUCUCCACUUCCAAAGGGCCACCACCACCACCACUUCACACCCUUUGUUCCCUCUCCCACUGCAUGGCCACCCUCAUGAAGGGUUGCCCUUAUUGUGUUCCAAAGUCCCAACCUUUCUGGACAAAAACCUUGCAUUGGUGGAUGUUGUUAGUGAGGCCAUAACCAAAGACCCUUCUCUGAAGGCAGCACUUUUUUCAGCCAUUUCCUCACUCACUGCAGAUCCUCAGAAGAACAGCAAUAACCUCAGCCAACACAGUAAAAGUAGCAGUGGUUAUGACCCUUGUUCUAAGAUGCCUGCAAUACCACCUCACCAGCCUUACACUACUGAGUUGAUAUAGAGUUAUAUCUAAGAAUAUAUAGUUGUCAAAAUAAUAAAACAAAUACCAAAUGUGGCUUCUUUUUCAGCAGAAAGAGGUGAGCAUGAUAUGUGUGUUUGUGAGAGAGAGAGAGAGAGAGAGAGAGAGAAGAGAGGUAAGUUUUAUGAGAAAUCUAGGUCACAGCCAUCUCAACAUUGGCUUUCCUUAGUCUUUAUACUUUGUAAAAUAAAUUAAUGAACAUAUUGAAGUUUUGGCUUUUGGUCUUGUAAUUAAUAUAUAUCCGCCUAGUGUUAUGUGUA